AUGCACAGGAAAUUUGAUAUAGCUUGUUCAAAAUCAGAGCCAAAACUGGACAAUCAUAUCCCUAACAGCUUAGUAUUCAGCAAAGUUGAAAUUCAAUCUUCUCAGAGCCAGGAACCAAGAGCUUACACUAGUCGUUCCAAGCGAUCCUUUUCUAAAGGUGCCAUGUUGAUUGGGCUUCUCAUGUCAGCAUUAAGUGUGAUUUCUCUAACUUUGGCUGAUUUUCAAGUGAAAAUAUUAUCAAAUUCAAGCCCUUAUUUAUCAAAUGCUGAUAUUGUUUUUCCAAUGGGAAUCUCUUUGAUAUUUUUCGGGCUAACCAUCGGCUUUUUAUCUGGAAAAUUGUUAGAAUUCACAACUUAUCCAAUACUAGUUUUAGUAAUAAUCCUAAUCCGGGGGUUAUGAGGCCUUAUAAACUACAUCUUGUUCCUGUAUGUCCUCGAUCAUCUCCCACUAUCAAAAGCAGUGUUUAUGUUCAGUCAGAAUCCAAUCCCAUGAGCUAUUCUAGCAUCUAUAUUCCUGAAGGAGAAGCUAACGAAGAUGCACAUUUUGUGCCUGGUAGGAGCAGGCUUUGGAAUCUACCUCCUCUCAUUGAAUAAAGAGGACAGGCAAGCUGAAGGAAGUGUCUCAGGCUACUUGGUCUGACUGGUUGCUGUCUGGAUCGGAGGCGCUGAAUUUGUGAUGACAAGAUACCUGAAUUUGAAAGGAGCUGGGCCUGAAUGGAUAUGUAUCACUUGAGGAAUUGGCUUUGUGGCAUCGGCUUUAGUUGCUGAAGAGUUGGGAUUUGAAAAAUAUACUGAGUUUGACUGGUUUAUGGUGGAGAGUCAUGGAUUUCUUGCAGGGUUUUAUAUUUUGGGAAGUAUUUUGGCUACCAAGUAUAUUGGGGCUUCUUUUGUAGCCCCAGUUAUCAAUUUCGAAAAUAUAUUUACAAUUUGAUUAGAUAUUUUCUUUUUCAAAUAUCAUUUUGUAUACACAGAUAUUUUAGGAAUGGUUAUACUAGCCCUAUGUAUUGCAGUUCCUGUCUAUAUUAAUCUAAACACAAAUGACGAUGCACUAGAACCACUCCUCUGAACAUCACAGAAUAAAUAAAUCCAAGCAUCACACUUGAGCAUCCUAAAAACCAUAAAAAUCAUGAAAUCCUUCAAUUUGAAAGCACCCUACAAACUUCUCAAUCUCUCCAACCCUUUCAUAACAUCUAUGA